AUGGUAAAACUAACUCCUCAGAUACCUCUUAAGCCCAAGUUCAAGAGAAGGAUCUUCGACGCAUGCUGGAGCGACCCCAGGUUAAUCUUCCUUCAUCCCCGUUUGCCUUUCCUCAACCUCGCUCCCUCCCCUGGCCCACCUUCGACCCACCCAUCCCCACUGGCCUACUUCCGACUCACCCCUGCCCCUGGCCCACCUCCCUACCCUGGCCCACCUUCGACCCACUCCUGCCCCCUGGCCCACCUCCGACCCACCCCUGCCCCCUGGCCCACCUUCGACCCACCCCUGCCCCCUGGCCCACCUCCGACUCACCCCUGCCCCUGGCCCAUCUCCGACCCACCCCUGCCCCCUGGCCCACCUUCGACCCACCCCUGCCCCCUGGCCCACCUCCGACCCACCCCUGCCCCCUGGCCCACCUUCGACCCACCCCUGCCCCCUGGCCCACCUCCGACUCACCCCUGCCCCUGGCCCAUCUCCGACCCACCCCUGCCCCCUGGCCCACCUUCGACACACCGCUGCCCCUGGUCCAUCUCCGACCCAUCCCUGCCUCCUGGCCCACCUCUGACCCACCCCUGCCCCUGGCCCACCUCCGACUCAUCCCUGCCUCCUGGCCCACCUCUGACCCACCCCUCCCCCUUGGCCCACCUCCGACUCACCCCUUCACCUACCCCUGCCCCUGACCCACCUCCGAACCACCUCUGCCCCUGGCCCACCUCUAACCCACCCCUGCCUCCUGGCCCACCUCCGACACACCCCUGCCUCCUGGCCCACCUCUAA